AUGUUGCCUCUGAGCACUUCUGUAUUUACAACGUGUUUUGCCCAACUGGGCGCCUCACUAACAUGCGGCGGUGCUGAGCCCAUCUCAAUCUCCUCGCAAGAUGACCUCGACUUCUACUCAGACUGCGAUACGUUGAUCAGUGCGAUCGAAUUUUCCUCGAAUCUGACCGGCGACAUCACUCUCGACGGUGUUUUGCUCAUUGGCGGAAGACUCAGCAUCGAGGACACGGGAAUUUCAAGCUUCACGGCGCCGGAUCUGGCAAACGCUUCAGAUAUUAGGAUCACAAAUAAUGCGAAUCUCAACAAACUGAAUUUUACGAACUUACAUUCUGUUUAUGGUGAUCUAAGUGUGUCGGACAAUGAGAAGUUGGAGCAGCUGCACUUUCAAGGUCUGUUGGUUAUUUCGCAGGAUGUUAACUUAACAGGAGCAUUUACGGACAUUAGUUUCGGCGAUCGCCUACAAGGAAUUGAUGGCGACUUGACUGCAUCGUCAACUAAGAACCUCGACUGCGGACCCCUCGACACUCUGAACGACGAUGGCAUUAUCCAAGGCUCAUUCUCGUGUAUCGCAAACAGCGACUCGUCGUCUUCCUCUCCAUCCCCAACUCCCACCUCUGAGAGUAACCCUGCAUACCCAACAAUUCAGUCCGAUAAUAGUUCCUCAAAUCACAAUAUCGCCUGGAUCAUCGGUAUAGGAGUAGGAUUUGGUGUUCCACUUUUUGCAGCACUCAUCAUAGGCGCGCUCUGGCUGAUGCGCCGACGCCAACGGAAGAGGGCCGCUGUAGCCAGCGAGAAGGGCACGCACAGGACACCAGAAUCAGAUGAGACUCACAGCAAUGGAAUCAAUUCGCAGGCACCGCUCGAGGUAGAAGAUACAGAUCGGUAUGCACAUGAGAUGGGUGUUGAUACGGGGGUUUCGGAGCUACCGCCGAAUAAGAGUGCUCUCGCAGCCGAGUUGGAUUCCAGGGGUGGGAUUAGUGAGUUGCCGGCCCAGGAGGUGGAACGAGCAAAGUCUCCAUGAUAAUGGACUGCUAGAAGGCUCUUUACGAUGUCUCAAGCUCAAGCCUCUGACCGUUGGCUCUUUAACAUUUCUCCUGGGCGACCAUGAACCCUCACGGUGCAACUCAGCGGUGACAAGUCGACUAGAGUUGCCACAACCGCUACACAAGCAAAGCGUGCCUUGGAACACCA